AUGAAUUACGAAGCUGAUUUGAACGCACUACACACCCUAGAGGCAUUAUUACGAUGCAUACUGGCUGAUAUACAGCAGUGGUGGGCGGAGAAUGCGGUGGUUAUUGGCCGUUUAGCGGGGGAACCGAACUUCACCGAGCUAACGGAAUUCAUCCGAAACCUUGCCAAGAUCUCUAGCAAUUUCUUCGUACAACUGGCCAGCAUGAGUAGGCGAGAAGAGAGACAUCACGCCAAAGAACGAAUCUACGAGAUCCCGAGAAGUUCCAGAAGCUCAAACAAUUAUGCAACAGUAGAGGAACGUGGCACACGUAGUUGCCCUAUGUGUCGUUUGAAUCACAAUUUAUCCGCGUGCGACACAUUUGUGCAACUAGAAGUUCCGGAACGUUGGGAAGCAGACAAGAGGCAUGGUGUGCUUUAUCCGUUUUAA